AUGAAAAUAGUUUUAAUUUUCUUGAUCUUCAUUCUCUCAAUCGAGGCUCGCAGCAAAAACGUUGAAGAAAGUGACGAGUGUUCAGCUUCAUCUAGUGAAGAAGCUCAAAAACCCAAACACCAUCACCAUAAACACCAGCAUAAACAUCACAAAAAACGUCGGACCACUACGACUACAACAACAACCCCAGCGCCACCAAAAUGUUCGGAAGGUUGGACUGGAUUUCAGAGAUCGGGAAGAACUUGGUGUAUUCAGGUGUUUGAUAGUUUGGUGAAUCAUAUGCAUGCUGAUGCACAUUGUCGGAUGUUAAGAGGAAGUUUGACGGGAAUUGAGAGUGUUGAGGAGAAUCGGUUUAUACAGGGUGGGUUCUUAGAGCUGACUCUAGUUUUUUACAACACUGACAAUUUUACAGCGGAAGGUCUUCGAUGUCUUCAAAAAUAUGGAAAAACUCUUGGUGCAAUCUGGCUUGGUUUAGAACGACGACCGGAGUGUCAAGGCUUCUGGAAUUCGAUAUCAGCCGCAUGUUCGGGAAGUAAUGGAUUUGUGUGGAUGGAUGGUGUGACAACGCGGAAAGAUACGAUGACUUGGCGACCAACGAUGCCGGAUAAUAGCGGGUGGGUUGGGUUAGACUAGACUGUAGUCUGGCUGCAUCUAGCUGAAACUGAUAGGCCUAACUAGACCUACCUCAAUUUUCAGCGGCAAUCAAAAUUGUGCCUAUAUGCAUGUCGGUUAUCAAUCGUUCUUGGGAAUCAAUCCUGGAACUCUUGAUGAUAUUGAGUGUCUGAAUCCGGUGACCGCAAAUUUGGAUAUUCAAAUUCCAAGAGGAUUUGCGUGUGGAAAGUGGGCUGAAUGA